AUGCUCUUACAGGCUGCAGGGGCUAGUACACCAAUAACAGUGACGUUAAUAAAUAUAACAAUUGGAAAAAAAUCAGAAUUUGCAAUGCUUUAAACUGCUUUCCAUUGGCAAACACCAUUCAAUGUGUAUUUAAUACUGUUGAGGGUCUCCCACCCUAUAGUUAAUGCCCACAUGAGCGACCCCACCACCCUUCCCUUCCCUCUCAUGAUCCCUUCGUCCAUCCUUGGUUUAAAAAGGAGACCAAGUGCCCCUAGCCAAGUCCCACCUUCCAUUAAUGCCAUACCAAAAGCCACCCAGCUCCAUAUCAAGAAUUUAAACCCACCCUCUCCUUCCUCCAUCCCUGUUCCCAAACACCACUAGCCAGCGUAAAAAAAAAAAACCAAAUGGGAAGAAAGCUAGGCUUCCCCUCUCUCUUCUUCAAACCUAGAGACAAAUCGAGGUCCUUUUCUUAUUUCUCUUCUUUUCCCUCUCCUUCUUAUUCAUGGCCCUGGCCUUCUUGUAAGCAUCCAAAGACCGUCUCCUUCCGAGCGGUGGAUGGCGACGACAUCUACAAGACCGUGAACUCGGUGUACUUGGAGUCGACCGAAUCAAGCUUCACCCACUCGUCGGAGGAGUCGGAAAGCUUCUCGACGGCGUCGGAGGAGUCGAGGGGUGUGGACUCAUUGGAGUCGGUCAUUCGUGGGCUGCGGUCGGACCGGCUCUUCUUCAAGCCAGGCGACACCAGCUCGAUACUGGAGGAGGCCAAGGACGGAGCGUUCCCCUUCAAGGAGAGCAUCGUGCUGGCGAUGGAUUCGGAGGACCCCUACCACGACUUCCGGGUGUCCAUGGAGGAGAUGGUGGUGGCUCAUGGGCUCAACGACUGGGACUGCCUUGAGGAGCUCUUGCUAUGGUAUCUAAGGGUCAAUGGUACCAAGACUCAUGGGUAUAUAGUGGGAGCCUUUGUGGAUUUGCUUGUGGGCCUUGCUUCCCCUCCUUCCUCUUCUUCAUCAUCUUCCAUGUCUCUUGAAAUUAAGGAGGUGGAAGAGGAGGAAAGCGAGUCAUGCUGAGUUCUCCUGAUCCAAAGAAAGACAUGGAUCCUUUUCCUUUUCCUUUUCGGCUUUUUCCUUUUUUUUUUCUCUUGGGUUAGCUAUAAUAUUUCAUCUCAAUGUAUACUUGUAGGCCUAUAUGAUAGUAAACCUAUAUAUGUUUUAAGAGUUC